AGGUGUCGCUUUAAAUAUCGCGAUCAAAUAUUCGUUAUUCUACAUUGCCAAAGAUUGUAUGAAGAUGUAGCGUAUCGAUGAAUGUAUGAUACAACGACUGAGGUGGGUGGAAGAAAAGGAGCACACAGAGUACAUGACAAAAUACCGGGGGUGGAAGGCGGCGCCGGCCGCACCCCGGCGUCGCGACGUCAGUAGUCGUUCCAGCGUGGCUCAACAAGUACACGCGGCGCCCAGUUCACGGUUUGAAAUUUUGGAAAAUCCCGACGUGACUUGCCGUACAAUUAUGCGACAUUAAAAUGUGUUAAAUCGACGAAUACAACACCAGCUGUGGGAGCAAGAUCAAGUAUUAUCAUUUACAUUCGAUUAAUCAACGAUCACCGACAUUCGCAAAAAAAGAAAGGAACGUACUAUGCGGUCUAAGGUGACGAUUGAAAAUACUUGGGAGACAAAAUGGGCUACGGAAUCGUCGCAGGGCGGUAGGAGUUUGCGACGAACGACGAAAAGAACGGAAUCUUCUGGAGAGAAAUUGUCAAAACCCUCCAGGGGAAAUACGGCACGGGAGAGAACUCUCAGGAGGCUGGAAAGCAAUGAACGCGAGCGUAUGCGGAUGCACAGCUUGAACGAUGCGUUUCAGUCCUUACGCGAAGUGAUCCCGCACGUCACCAAAGAGAGGCGGCUCUCGAAAAUUGAGACAUUAACGCUGGCUAAAAAUUACAUAGUGGCUCUUACAGAUGUGAUAUGCGCUAUGAGAAGCGAGGAACGAUCGGAAGAUCAGCAAACGAGCGACUCCGAACGCAAGGAUUCACCAAACAGCGAACAGCGAUUGGAAUCGACCACUGUUCGCGUAAACAUUCCCGUUGCUUCCAGAUCCUGCGGUACGGAAACUCAAAAUUUUUAUCACAAUAAUCAUUCGCGGUGGGAAGAGGACCAGGAUAAUGUUACAGGCCUCUGAAAAGUUACAACGCUGAACGACACCGAGAUAAAGCACGAAUUGAGAUUGAGAUCCUCAACGGCAUUUCGAUUAGUCUUCCCUUCUUUAAUCGUGCAUGCGUUUAUGUUUUAAAAAUAUCCAACGCAUCUCUGCAAGUAUUAUCAAAAUUAACGAUGUAUUAUAUAUGACUGAGGUAAUAAUCUAAGAAAAUACUGUAUGUGCCAAAGAAAGAUAGUAUUCAUCGCAGAAACGAAUAAGAGUAUAUACAUAUAUACAUA